UUCGGUAAGCGAUUUUAUUACGCAACGUUCUAUAUAAUCGAGCUAUUGAUGAAACAUUCUUCGGCGACUCAUUGUGGUAAUGGCCCGUGUGUUGUCCAAAAAUAUUCUCGGAGCGCAACGAUACAUAUCAACAACGAUUUUCGCCAGGUUUGCUUCAACAAAUCAUAGACUAGAGCCAUGUCAAAGUGAUAAACUGACAGACAUUGGUACAAGAAGAAUCUUUCAGGCCGAGCAUGACAUAUUCCGUGGAACUGUACGCAAGUUUUUCCGGGAGCACAUUAUUCCAUAUCAUGAAAAAUGGGAAGAAGAUGGAGAGGUCGACCGAGAAUGUUGGAUAAAAGCGGGGGAAGCUGGAAUACUUAAUGUAAAUAUUCCUGCGGAAAAAGGGGGAAUUGGAGGAGAUUGGCUAUCAGCUGCAAUUGUACAAGAAGAACAAUAUUAUGCAAAUUGCUCCGGCCCAGGAUACAUGUUGCAUUCAGAUAUCGCCGUGCCAUACUUCUCGAAUCAUGGCACAUUGGAACAAAUUGAGAAAUACAUACCCGAUAUGACAGCAGGAAGGAAGAUUUGCGCAAUUGGAAUGACUGAGCCAGGGGCAGGGAGUGAUCUUCAAGGAAUUAGAACUAACGCAAGAAGAGAUGGUGGUGACUGGAUCAUAAACGGUAGUAAAACAUUUAUAACUAACGGAUUCCAAGCGGAUGUCAUCCUCGUAGUAGCAAUAACAAACAAACAAGCUAAGUCGAAUGCACAUGGAAUAAGUUUGUUUAUUAUAGAGAGGGAUUCUCCCGGAUUUGUGAGGGGACAAAAAUUGAAAAAGAUGGGAUUCAAAGCUCAGGAUACAGCGGAAUUGUUUUUUGAAGAUUGCCGAGUACCCGCGAGUGCCCUUUUAGGAGGUGAAGCUGGAUUGAAUAAGGGAUUCUAUAUAAUGAUGCAGGAGUUGCCUCAAGAAAGAUUAGGCGUUGCUAAUUUUUCCAUUGCUUUGUGUGAAUUUAUGUUUGAAGCCACUAGAGAUUAUGUAAAGCAGAGGAAGGCAUUCGGAAGACGCAUCGCAGACUUGCAAACAAUUCAGCAUAGUUUGGCGGAAUUGAAAACCGAAAUAAGUGUCGUUCGCGCAUUUAUUGACCAAUGCAACGAAUUGCAUAAUAUGAGAAAACUGGACACAUCGACUGCAUCCAUGGCAAAAUAUCGUGCUUCUCAUCUCGCCAAUACGUCAGCUUACAGAUUUUUACAAAUGUUCGGUGGAGCCGGGUACAUGUGGGAAUAUCCCAUGGCUAAAGCAUAUGUAGAUGCUCGUUUACAGGCAAUAUACGCAGGAAGCAAUGAGAUAAUGAAAGAGUUGAUCGCGAGACAAAUUAUACAAGACUGAAUUAAACUUCCUUGAUUGUCGAAAACAAAUCAUGAAAAAUAUAUAAACAGUUGUGCAGUACAUGUGGGCUGUCAAUUUUUGUAAACUGGGGAAUUAAAAUAAACUAUGUAUGCUUGAAUGUAAAUACUUUGUGCGCAUCCUAUUUACUAAGUAAUUUUAUCUCGAUUCACUUAUCAGUGUGGAUGAAUCAACCUUACUUGAGUGCUUGAUAGUUAUUUGAAGACUGAUAUUCAUGACAGCUGAUUGAUACAAAUAUCGUGAAUUAUAUGCUUGAUUCAACACUGAUA